GGAAUUUAUUUACUUCUACAUUCAUAUCUUGCUGCCACAAAGUCUCCAACAAAGUCCCAGUUAAGCCCUCACUCCACCAACUCACCCAGAUAUGGCCCCACUAGUCUUCCAUUCCCCACCUCCUGCUUUCCUUCUGAAUUCUGUCUAAUCCAACUCCUUCACUAUUUCUCAACCUGCUGGUGUGCCCCGCCUCCCCAAAUGCCCGGCCUCCCCAAGGGCCCUAUCUCUGGAGGGCUCCUGCCAAGCUCCACUUCAAGUGCUGACUCUGCUUAGCCAAGCCUUCCCCUGUCCCUGGGUUUGGCUUGCACUUUCUUCUCAGGUCUUUCUCCUUUGAGAAAUAAAAAGCUCAUGGGCAUUGUGGAGGGACAGCACAUACCAGAAGAAAUACAGCGUAGCAGCUUUGAAGCCUGAGAAGCUAAACUCAGCAGCCCCAAACCAUAAGCUUAACUCAGCCUCACUGAAGAUGAUACCAGACUCUGUACCCCCUGGACUUGCUACAGCUCUCUGAUCCUACAAUCCUCUUCAGUUCCAGCCAGAAUGCUGCGUCGGGCACUUCGCAGAUUUGGUCAAAUGCUGGUACGCAGAUGUACGCUGGAGGAAAAGAAAACUGAACCUACCCCUCUCAGAUGGCUAAGCACUUUGGAUUUAGUGGCCCUGGGUAUAGACUACACUCUGGGUGCAGGUGUGUAUUUCCUGGCUGGCGAAGUGGCCAGCAAUCAAGCAGGACCAGCCACUGUGAUCUGCUUUUUGGUGGCUGGCCUAUCUUGUGCAUUGGCUGGGCUGUGCUAUGCAGAGUUUGCUGUCCGGGUUCCCCAUUCUGGCUCUGCAUAUCUCUACAGCUAUGUCACUAUAGGUGAACUCUGGGCUUUCAUCACUGGCUGGAACUUCAUCCUCUCCUAUGUUGCUGGGACAGCCAGUGUAGCUCGGGCAUGGACAAGAGCUUUUGACUACCUGAUUGGGAACCAGAUCUCUCAGACCCUGCAUGAGAGUAUCUUACUGCAUGUUCAACAGGUACUUGCAGAAUAUCCAGACUUCUUUGCUAUGGGUCUGGUGUUGUUGCUUACCGGAGUGCUGGCUCUGAGGGCUAGGGAGUCAGUACUGUUUACCAAAGUGAUCACAUUGGUGAGCCUUUUGAUUCUUGUCUUUGUCAUCAUCUCUGGCUUCAUUAAAGGGGACCUGCACAACUGGAAGCUCACAGAAGAGGACUACAUAAAGGCUGGACUCAAUGACACCUCAAGCUUGGGCCCUCUGGGCUAUGGAGGAUUUGUGCCUUUUGGCUUUGAGGGGAUUCUCCGUGGAGCAGCUACCUGUUUCUAUGCAUUUAUAGGUUUUGACAAUAUUGUUACCAGAGCUGAGGAAGCCCAGAAUCCCCAGCGUUCCAUCUUCAUGGGCAUUGUGAUUUCACUGUUCAUCUGCUUUUUGAUGUAUUUUUGUGUCACUUCAGCACUUACACUUAUGGUGCCUUACUACCAGCUCCAACCUGGGAGCCCUUUGCCUGAGGCAUUUCUAUAUAUUGGCUGGGCCCCUGCCUGCUAUGUUGUGGCUAUUGGAGCUCUCUGUACUCUUUUCACUACAAUCUUGAAUGAUAUGUUCUCUGCACGUUGGGUGAUCUCUGUGAUGGCAAAGGAUGGCCUCCUGUUCCAUGUCCUUGCCAGGACCCACACCAGCAGACAUAUCCCCAUUGUGGCCACUGUGGUCUUGGGCAUUAUGGCAGCAGUCAUUGCAUUCUUCUUUGAACUCAUUCAUCUUGUGGACUUCAUGUCCAUUGGGACCCUGUUUACUCACUCCCUGGUAGCUAUUUGUAUCCUCAUCCUCAGGUAUCAGCCUGAGGUGAAGAAUGGGGGAAAUGAAGCAGAGGUGCGGGAGGAGAAUGGACCUGCAGCAGAGCAGCUGACUCUACAGGAACUACUUUUCACAGGCAGCUCCUCCCCCACUCCACUCUCUGGCCGGGUUGUCUAUGUUUGCUCCUCACUGCUUGUUCUGCUGCUCACUCUUCUUUGCCUGGUGCUGGCCCAGUGGCCAGUUCUGCUUUCUGGAGACCCAGUGUGGAUUUCAGUGGUUGUGGUGCUCCUGGUGCUCAUCAUUGGGAUCACUGGGGUCAUCUGGAGACAGCCACAGAGCUCCAGUCGCCUUCCCUUUAAGGUCCCUGCUCUGCCUCUCCUCCCACUACUGAGUGUCUUUGUGAAUGUUUGCCUUAUGAUGCAGAUGACAGCUGACACCUGGGCCCGAUUUGGUGUCUCCAUGCUGAUUGGGUUUGCUAUCUACUUCAGCUAUGGGAUCCUGCACAGCCGAGUCGCUAACCCCACUUAAUUUAGCACCAAAACUAUAGACCUUGGUCUCAGCAGUGACGGUAUAUAUUCACUUUUACAUCAUCACACCUAAAUGCAAGCUUGUCCCUGCACGAUUUUGGAGAGUACUCUUGAGUGCAUGGAAAGCUAGGACUCCCAUGGGAUGUUGGUGAGGGAAUACUAAUAGAGUUCUGUACUUAUUGUGGAGUGAAGGAUGUGUCUUUGCUCUCUCUCUGUCUCUGUCUCUCUCUCUUUUUACUUGUCUACUUUACAGUUUUGUCUGUAGCUGCUCACUGGCCUUACUGGCUUUAAAAAAAUAUAUUAUUAAAAUAAACUAGAAAAGUGUUUUUGUUUUCUUUGAGUAAAUAUUCAGUAGUGAUAUUACUGGACUAUAUGGUAAUUCUAUUUUUAUUUUUUUUUAGGAACCUGCACACUACUUUCCCUAGAAACUGCACCAAUUUACAUUCCCACCAACAGUGCAUGAUAGUUUUUUUUUCUCCACAUUCUCGCCAACACUUAUUAUUUCUUACCUUUUUUUCUUUUAGCCAAUCUGACAAAGUAAGUGAUAUCUCAUUGCAGUUUUAAUUUGUGUUUCUCUGGUGAUUAGUGAUGAUGAGUAUCUUUUCGUGUGUCUGUUGGUCUUUGUCCAUUUUAUAAAUGGAUUUUUUGAUGUUGAGUUGUAUAAGUUCUUUAUAUAUUUUAGAUAUUAACCCUACUGGAUAUAUCAUUUGCAAAUAUCCACUCCUACUCAGUAAGUAGCCAUUUUGUUUUGUGUAUGGUUUUCUUUGCUGUGCAAAAGCUUCUUCUUUACAUGAAUAAGAAAAGAUAUAUAUACCUUUAUGUUUAUUGUAACAUUACAUACAAUAGCCAGGAUAUGAAAAUAACCCAAUUGUCCAUUAAUAUAUAUAUGGUAGAAAAUACUCAGCCAUUGAAAAAAUGAAAUGUUGCCAUUUACAACAACAUGGAUGGACCUAGACGAUGUAAUGCUAAGUGAAACAAAUCCAGCAGAGAAAGAUAAAUACUAUAUGAUUUCACUCAUAUGUGGAAUUUAAGUAAUAAAAAAUAUCUUGGGGUGCUUGGGUAGCUCAGUCAGUUAAGUACCCCACUGCAGCUCAGUUCACAUUCUCACAGUUCAUGGGUUUGAGCCCUGCAUUGGGCUCUGUACUGACAGAACCUGGAGCCUAAUUCAGAUUCUGUGUCUCCCUCUGUCUUUGCCCCUACCCCCAUUCAUGCUCUGCCUCUCUCUCUCAAAAAUUAAAUAAACAUUUAAAAAAAGAGUACACUUAUCUUUAUGAUUACUCAGAAAUUUAUGGAAUUGCUGAAUCCUUAUAUUGUACACCUGAGAAUAAUAUAAUGACACUAUAUGUUAAUUAUACUUCAAUUAAUAACAUAAAGGAAACUAGAAAAAAUACAAAAAUAAAGAUGAAAUAUGGCCCCUACCUUUAAGGAGUUUAUAUUCUUUUUUUUUUAAUUUUAUUUAUUUAUUUUGAGAUAGAACAAGUAGGGAAGGGGAAGAAGCAGGGGGACAGAGGAUCUGAAGCAGGGUCUAUGCUGACAGCAGAGAGUCUGACACGGACUCAAACUCAUAAGCCGUGAGAUCAUGACCUGAGCUGAUGUCAGACACUUACCCUAAAUCCAUCCAGCCACUCCAAGAGCUUAUAUUCUAAUACAAAGGGUAAAGUAUACCUGUAACAUAAAGUAUAAAACUAUCAUAAGUAAUACACAAAUAAAGUGUCUUGGGAAUUCAGAGUGGAGGGUGAUCAUUUGUGGCUGGCACAGUAAUGAGAGUUGAUUGGUGAAAUCAGAGACAUCCUUGUAAACGAAUGAUAUUUGGGUUAUCCCUCUCCAAAGAUAGAUAGGAUUUUGCCACACAUGGGUACUAGGGAGAGAUUGUAGGCAGAGAUAAUGACACUAGGAGAAUGAGGCAAUGUUUGUUCAGACUCCACUGAGCAGGCUAUGUAGCUUGACCCUUGGCAGUGGGAGGGAGGGGAGUGGGCGUGCAACAGAACCCACACAGGUGGAUUGGAGCCAGGGCUUUCCUCUAAGCACAAAGCACUUUGGCUUUAAACCCACUACCCAUGGUGUAAAGCCCUGGGGUUUGUUCCUCUACUUGGCUAUUUAUGUAUUCUUGAACUUUGCAGUUUCUCUACAGUUGUCUGCUUUGGUCCACCUGCUCAGAAAGUGCACAGCUGAGAGCCAAGUAUCCUGGGUUCUGGUCUUGUUUCUACCACUAACUAGCAAUGUGACCUUGAGCAAGCCACUCAGUACCUGCAUUCUGCUCAAUAAAAAACAAAAAAACAAAAACCAAAAAACAAAAAACCCUGCAUUUCUCCCUCCUAUGUCUGGAACCAACUGUUACCCAAGACAUAGGUGAAUAAACUGUCAGCUUUAGAUAUGAAACAUGAUUGGCUUGCUAGUCCUGCAUCACUAAAUUAGGCAGACUUAGUCCUCAUCAUAAGCAGCGCUGAGUACCUUCUGCCUCCCACCACAGGAGAAAACCUGCUUUUCUUCUGUGAGCAAUGUAGAAUACAUGUGUCCAGUGGGCUGAUUGGUUCUGGAUUAAAAAAAAAAAAAAACCAAGAACUGCGAAGGGGCUGAGCUGGGCAUGCUCAGUGUUGUCUCUUCAACCCACUAAUCAAAGUCACAAUGAAAGAUGGUGGGUGGAGAGAAGCCAGGAAUAGCAGUCUGCACAAUGGUGCUCAAACUUGAACUGGUGUCAGCUCACCUGGAGGGCUUGUGAAACACACAUUGCUGGGCUCCUCCUCUAGCAUUUGGAAUUCAGUAGGCCUGGGUGGGGUCUUCUCCAGGGACCUCACACUGAAGACCAAGACUCCAGCUUGUCCAUGUGUAAAGAUGAAGCCAUUGAAAUAUGGUGCCCUUUGAACAUUUACUUCAUUUCAUGAAAAAUUUAGAUUAAAAUACCAUCAUUAAUGCUUUCACAGUGGUGAAAGCAUAGUGAACCAUUUCACAAUGUAUAUGCUUAUCCAAUCACCACAACGUACACUUUAAAUAUCUUACAACUUUAUAUGUCAAUCAUACCUCAAUAAGGCUGAAAUAAAAGAAGAAAAUACCACAGUUAUCUGUGUGUCUUUAUUUUCCUUAUUUUUUUUUCCUGACCAUAGGUAAGGAGUGUAUCUUGUUCACUUCCCCAAAGCAUCACCCAGGACCAGGCACAUAAUGAGAAAUGAAUUGUUAAAUUGAAUUAACUCUCACAUUUUUCUUUGGUAUAGAAUACUGUCCUUCCUUUCAGGCUAGCAUUGUGCCUCUCCUUUAAAACAAUCUUCUGGGAGACUUCAUUGACAAACAGCCUUUCUCUCAAUCCAGAACAAUAUAUCUAGACCUGUACCUAGGUCUGUACCUAGAUACAUCUAGAAGUGUACCCAGGCACUUCUAGUUUUGCUUUGUGUGGCUCAGUCUGAGUUCUGGUUACUGUCCUGUCCGAUUCAUCAGAGUGGAGUCUUGUUCAGGGCAAGGAGUAGUUUCUCCCCUUCCUGUAGACCCAACAGUAAGAACAGUGUUCAUUCAAAGAGCAACAUGGAAAAUACAAGGCUAUCUCAGGAGAAAGGCUGAUUGGGCCUUCCCUGGUCCUGCUCUGUAUAUUCCCAUGGGAUGUGGAGAGGGUCCAGAAGUAGCAAAUUCAUAGAAGGCCCAACCAAAUUUACCUGACUCCAGGGACUCCUGGAAGAGGAGACCAACUUCAACAUGGGCACAACAGGCAUCUUUCUUGACAGAGGUUUAUGGUUGGCAUAGGAGGGCCAGUGUUCUCUAUUUGUGUAUGGGUCCUGCCCUGGAAGGGAGGGAUAUGAAGCUACUUUCUUACUUGUGGAAUUUCUCAUAUUCUCACAGGGAGUAGGUGCCUCCAGGGAAGGCUGUAGAGGCAGGAUUAUUAUAUAUUUACCAACUCCUUUAGAUACUUUUUUAAGAGACUUGUGUAAAAACCUUGUGAGAGAAUCUAAGAUUCUUUGGGGAGAGAAAAUUGACACCCCCAAAUGGGGUGGAAAAUGAACUUAAAUUAGUAACUGGAUAGAGAUGGAGACAUCAUUACUUUGGAAGGGAAGGUAUGAGUAGAAACUGAGAAAGAGGUAUUGGUUGAGAGACACUAUCUGGAGGAGGAUGCCUAUAGAACAAUUUGGAAAAUAAAAUAUGGAUAAGUGAGUUGGAAAAGAAAUGGGACAAUAAUUCUAGGGUACAUGGACCUUUAGGACUCAUGAAAGAAUGACACACUUGUGAGGGAUGUAUUUAUUCACAUUUGGAGGGAAUUUAUGAGCCCGAUUUGUAUUUUGUUUUGUGCCAUGGAGUGAGAUUCCCAAAUCAGGAUGGGAUGAGUUAUGACUGUCUUUGCCAUAUAGAGGACAUACAGAACAGUGUGAAUAGAUGGACUUCUCCUGGGAGACAGUUAUAGCACCUGCUACAGUCAUCUAGAUCCUUGCUCUUCAAUGUAUGGUAAUGGACCAGCUGUGUGGGUGUCACCUGGGAGCUUGUUAGAAAUGCAGAAUCUUAGGCCCCAACCAGAUCUACAGAAUCAGAAUAUACAUUGUUAACAAGAUCCAAAGUGAUUUGUAUGCCCUUUUGGGUGUGAGUAGUGCUGGCCUUAGAUGAUGGAUGAUAGGUGUCUGACCUCAGAUGAGUACUCUGGAAGUUAUGAAAACUUUGGAAUUGAGAACAUAAGAGGAGGGGUCUAGGUUGGGGAAAUUGAAUUUGGGGAAGAGGGAGACAUGUGGGCCCUGGCUGCCCUCCUAUCCCCAGGUCUCUCAAACCAGUCACUGUGCCAGGUUUGACACUCUGCCCACUUUGGGAAAAUGCCUGCCAUGCUUAUGCUGGAGUCUUCCUGGUCCUCAGGGGCUCCCCUGGGGCAAGUGUUGGGUAGGUCAGGACAGCUGUCAAUUCUGUUUCCCCUACUUCAUAUGAUGGCCUGAAAGGGACGGGGGAGGUCAUAUCAGUCAUGGCCCAACUCAGGGUUGUACUGUCCCUUAGUCAAAUGCAUGAUAACGCGAUGACACUGAGAAGGCUACGGAGGUUGGGGAAUUGAAAUAGGAGUUCUUAACUAUCUGUCCUGGAAAUUAGGAUAAUUUCAUUUUUCAAAAUCUUAAAGAGAAACCCAAUGGCUGAAAAAGGGUUUAAACUCCUGUAGGGACAAAACUAAUUCUUUUUAAGAGAUAUUUUGAUGAUUUUUAAUGGGUUAAUAACAAACUAUGUGAGACCUAUAAUUGCAGAGACCUGGAGCAAUAAGCAAUGGAACAAUGUUACCCGGUGGGCACUUCAGAAUUUUCUUAAGUUUUGCAGGGUUUGUGUACCUCUCUCCCAAUCAGAAUGAGUGAUAAAGAGAGGCCAACAUAGAAGGAAAACAGAUUGAGACUGAACAUAAGGAAGAAUUUUCUGAGAUUACAGGGUGACAGGGGAGAUGGGAGGGAGCAGGCUCUCUAGCCGUGUGUAUGGCUGUGUCACUUGGGUUUCGAAUGCCUCAGAUGGUCUCCUGCCCAGAAACAGGGAAAUGCACCAAAUGAAGUUUCAAAAUGUUUUUUUUUUAUCUGAAGAAUUCUCCAGUCAACUCCUGAAAUGAAAGGCCAGGGUGAAUGUAUGAUGUAUGUAAGGCAGUGAGGCAUGGGGUUGAUGAGUGACGGAAGGAAAAAUUAUUAGAGCAUUGAAAUCUGCUGAAAAUUUUAAAAUAGCUUGGAUUCAGGAAAAUAAAUUGCAUGUUAGGGCUCAAAUAAGAGUUUUAGGUUUCCAUGUUCUUUAUCUCUCCAUGUGUUUAUCUUGUCUCAUUGAUGAGAUUUAAAAACCCCUAAGGGAAAAGAAAAACUCUUUUAUGUAUUACCUCUUCAUACCUCCAUGCCCACAAAAUGAUGAAAA